AUGGUGGAAACAUGCGACGUGGUUGUUCUGGGCGCCGGAAUAUCCGGUCUCGCGGCUGCCAAGGUCCUCGCCAAAGAGGGGCUCCGUGUGAUCGUGCUCGAAGCCCGUGAUCGCCACGGUGGCCGCAUUCACACCAUCUUUCCUCAACUCGGUGACAACCGACCCUCCUUCCCUAUCGAUCUGGGUGCCAGCUACCUACACGGUUGUUGCAGUGACCAGGAGGUGCAACCUCUCUUCGCUCUCGCCCAUCGACUCAAAAUCACCAGCAUUACCUGCCCUGGUGAUACUUUAGGGCCCUAUCGGGGUUGGGAGUGUCCCGAGGUAGCCGUGUGGAGGGAUCCCGAGACCGGGGAGAAGAUCGACCUUGGGCAGGUGGCCCAGAUGAGCUUCCUUCUCGAUCGAUGCCUUCUGCAUUCGCUCAUGCUUACAUCCAAAGAAGCCUCUUCUAACCCACUCAAACCUCUCAGUUUGGCGCAUGUCCUGGAUUUAGCCCUAAAUGAGAGUAUCGAUGUGCUCUACAAGAGUGGUCAGCGUGACUCUCCCGAGCUCUCUGACCGUGAGCGCGGUAUCUUCGAUGCCCUCUUUGCGCGCUACAUCGCCUACGUGAACCCCGCCUCCCGUCUUCCCGCUCGCCUCGACCUAGGCGAGUUCUACGAGCACGACGCCCUGCGCGGCCUGGCUAACGACCCUGAACGCCCCUCGGCUGCCGAGCGUCAAGCCUGCCUCGACUGGCUCCAGCAGAAGCGGGAUUUCCUUGCUACUCGUCCUCUCGUCGGUGGGUGGCCGCGGCGGGUACGCCAUCGCACUGAAGACCGUCUGGUGCUCUCCGGUUUUGCUCGCUUUACCGACUUCCUCGCCCAUGGGAUGGAUGUCCGUCUGGGCCAGGUGGUGCGUCGCGUGGAUUGGACGCGGCCCGAUGAGGUACGCGUGGAGACGGCUACCGGAGAGGUAUUUGUGGCACCCUUCUGCAUCGUUACUUUGCCGGUAGGAGUGCUGAAGGGCCUGCGCCAUGAGAGUGCUGUCACCUUUGUGCCUGCGUUGCCGUUAAGAAAGCGCAAAGCCAUUGAUAAUUUGGGAAUCCCUCAUUCGGGAUCUGCUACGCACAAUAAGGCAAGUCAUUACGCAGACUUUGUGUUCGAGGCUAUCCCGUUACCGUUUGCAAUCAUAAUCCUCAUCUUUCGCCCCGAGGACGUCUUCUGGGACCGAACCGCGGCCCAAAUAAACAGCUCUGGCGGACGACUGCAUGCUCUAAAUCUGGACCUCCUUGGCCAUCGGGGUACUCUAAUGUGUCACGUGUGGGGCGGUUCGCCAAUGGUGCUAGCCGGUCGGACAGACUCGGAGGUGGUGGCAGAGGUGAUGCACCUCCUCGCCGGCAUGUACCAGAAGAAGUCCAGCUCUCACCCCCUGCCACAGCCCAUCUUUACCCACGUUACGCGAUGGUCGGAGGACCCCUUCGCUCUGGGUGCUUACACUGCAGGGGAGCCGAAUUGUUGUGGCGACGAGGAUAGGCGCGCGUACGCUCAGAGCCUUCCUCUCCUUGGCCGGCCACGCCUCCUGUUUGCCGGCGAGGGGACCAUCGACAGUCAGGGCGGACAGCAGUGCACCCACGGUGCUUUCCUCUCCGGCAUCGAGCGUGCCUUCGACGUGUUGGACCACCUCCAGCAGGGUGGUCGCUGCCGUCUUCGCGACGUGCGCAUUGUGGACUAUCUGAUGAGCCGUGGCAAUCGCUCUUUCCCUCCUCACGGUAUGGUACGUCGGGGUAUGAAAUCUGUCGCCUCUAGUGCUAGCACUAGCACCGGAACUGAAAGUCCUCCCUCCACACCCCGCCGUCGCUACCGCCGACGUGCCAGACGUUACUCCGAGACCGCUAGUCUGGACGGUGACACAACGUCACCUUCCACUUCCGCCACUUCCUCUUCUGCCUCUUCAAACUGUUCGGCUGAUUCACCGAGAGGCGGAGGUGGUUUACAUUGGUCUAGUAGAACUUCCACAUGGGCGUCGUCGGGAGAUACUAGUAAUUCUUCCUCCGAAUGUGUACCUCCCUCACGAAAGCGUCUGUGUCAGGGACGCGACCUAAGCAGUGUGAAACUUACGGAACCGUCUGUUGCCGUCGCCAACAGUGGUGAUGCUGCCGUAUUGCUUGGUGCAGUCCGGCUGUUCUUUAACCUUCCCCAUGCCAUCUUCUUGCUCUCGAAGCACCUAAGCUCUUCUCUUCAGGCCCUCGCGACUCCACCAUCACAUUGUGGACAUAAAGGUAUGUCAACAGCAAAACUUCCUCCAGGCACCUUUCAGAUGCCUUCUCGGGGCAUUGGGAGUAACUGA